GAUUUUCAUUGGGGCAUUGUAAGUGCGUUCCAUUUUCAUAAAUGCCUGCUGCCCCAUCCCAUCCCAGUUGCCAUUCGAAGGUCAAUUUACAUAUGCAGAAUGUGCAAGAAAUGAGAUUAAGUGCGAAUAAAAGGCCCGACGACAUACGAUGAGAUAAGAUUGCCGUCGAUCCGUAGAGCAAUACAUCUCGUCCGAUAGGGGAACCUCUGCUCGGAGACUUCUCAAUUUCUGCUAUCCUACGGUGGAACACGAUCCAUGGGAGUGAAAACCGUGACGUUCCAAGCGAAACUCUAUUUUCAGUGAUUUCGUGGACCGCUGGCGAUGAUUCAACUACGGAUGCUACAGCUGCUGCUUCUCGGACAGCUCUUGGCUGGCCCUGGACCCUUCUGCACGGCCUUGGCCACUGUGGACCAGCUCACCGUGUGCCCGUCCAGCGUGGGCUGCCUGAAGGGCACCUACCUGCAUGGCUAUCAGUCCGAGAGAUUCGAGGCCUUCAUGGGCAUUCCCUAUGCCCUGCCGCCCGUCGGAGAUCUGAGAUUCAGUAAUCCCAAGGGGAUGCCCAAGUUGCUGGGGCUGUACAAUGCCAGUGCGCCCAGGAUGGACUGCAUCCAGAAGAACUACCUGCUGCCGACUCCAGUAAUCUACGGCGAAGAGGAUUGCCUCUACUUGAAUGUCUACAGGCCAGAGGUUCGAAAACCGGCACUACCUGUAAUGGUCUAUAUCCAUGGCGGAGGCUUCUUCAGCGGCUCUGCAGGACCGGGAAUAACAGGCCCAGAAUACUUUAUGGACUCGGGUGAGGUGAUUCUGGUGACGGUGGCCUAUAGACUGGGACCCUUUGGAUUUCUAUCGACGCAGGAUGCCGUGAUGUCUGGUAAUUUUGGCCUGAAGGAUCAGAACUUGGCGCUGCGUUGGGUGCAGCGCAACAUACGUUUCUUUGGCGGUGAUCCUCAGCAAGUGACCAUUUUCGGCCAGAGUGCCGGUGGAGUUUGUGCCCACAUGCACCUGCUGAGUCCCAGAUCCCAGGGCCUCUUCCAUCGUGUGAUCAGCAUGAGCGGCACGGCCAAUGUGCCCUUCGCCAUUGCGGAGGAGCCUCUGGAGCAGGCGCGCCUCCUGGCGGAGUUUGCCGAGGUGCCAGAUGCAAGGAACCUGAGUACAGUGAAGCUAACCAAGGCACUGCGUGGAAUAAAUGCCACCAAACUUCUGAACGCCGGCGAUGGUCUCAAAUACUGGGAUGUGGAUCACAUGACCAAUUUCCGCCCAGUGGUUGAAAGGGGAUUGGAAGGCGACGCUUUUCUCCACGAGCAUCCCAAGGAUAUCCUGGCCCAAGGAAAUCCGACAUCCAUUCCCCUGCUUUUGGGCACUGUUCCAGGUGAGGGAGCUGUGCGUGUGGUGAACAUCCUGGGCAAUGAAGCGCUCCGCCAGAGCUUCAACUCCAAAUUCGACGAGCUGCUGCAGGAGCUGAUAGAAUUCCCGGCCAGCUUUAGCCGAGAGAGGCGCGAAAAGAUGCUGGAUCUUCUGGUGAAAGUAUAUUUCCAGGGCCAGCAUGAACUCAACGAGCAAAGCGUUCAAGGGUUUAUGAAUUUAAUAUCCGAUAGGGGUUUCAAGCAGCCCCUGUACAAUACCAUUCGGAAGAACGUUUGCCACCCGCCGAGCCCUGUCUACGUUUAUAGUUUCAACUAUCGCGGACCUCUGAGCUAUGCCUCUGCCUAUACAGCUGCGAAUGUGGCCAGAAAAUACGGAGUGGUGCACUGCGAUGACCUGCUCUACCUGUUCCGCAGUCCACUGCUUUUCCCGGAUUUUGAGCGGAACUCCACGGAGGCGAAGGUGAUCCAUUCCUUCGUGGAUUACUUCGUGCAUUUCGCGAGGUUUGGAAAACCCAGGAAUUCCGAGUCACUGACCCCCUGCUCCAUGGAGGUGCUCCAGUCACGUCCCGACGGAAUAUGCGAUUAUCACGAAUUCGCAAAUGCAGCAGACCCCUACAAAGGCUGCGAGGUUCACGUGGCCAGCGAAUUCCAGACGGACAGGGUGCAUCUAUGGUCCCAUAUGCUCAGCGAAAAGUCGAAUUGUUCACAUCAUUUGCUUUUACGCCGCAAAGGGAAAAUGGCCUUAUGUGCCGGGAUUCAUGAAAUACCGGGUUGACAAUGCGGCACGCAGUUUUUUCAAUCAGAACGACAGUUUCAUCAAACAGUUUUGCACCAAG